GGAACACGAGUUCGAGCCCCCACUCUGCCUCACUUUCCACCAAUGAAAACCUAGGGUUUUAGGUAUCAGCCGCCACAAUGAGACCGAUAUCAAAGCGCAACAACCGUCCUAUAGCGCCGAUUCCUCCUCCUCCUCCUCCGUCCACGUCAUCAACAGAAUCCUCCUACGCCGUCACCCUAACCAGAGUCGCCGUUGCGCAGAUCUGCAACUCAAUCGGAUUCGCAUCAGCGGAAACUCCCGCUCUCCGUAUCCUAUCGGACAUCGCCGCAAGGUAUCUGAGAUCAAUCGCUAAGUCCGCUGCUGACUCAGCAAACUCAGCAGGCCGUACGCAGUCGAAUAUCGUCGACACAGUCGCCGGCGUGGAGGAGCUGAGCUCCGUCACUGGAUUCGCCGGAGCAUGGAGAGUUUCUACCGGAGGGACUUUUCUCAAUUCCGGUGCGGUUAAGGAACUCGCUAGGUUUUCGGAUUAUUCUGAAGAAAUUCCGUUUGCAAAAUCGUUGCCGAGGAAGAUAUUUAAAGUAGAUAGAGGAAAAGGUUUGAGAAAUAUAGGGAUUAAUAAUAAUGAGUAUAUUGGAGGAGAGAGGAAGCAUAUACCGAAAUGGUUACCUGUAAUGCCGGUGAUUGAGACGGAGGAGGAAAAGAAGAAAAGGAAGGAUAUUUGGGGAUUAUUUUGUGGUGAAAUUGAGGAAACAACAACGACGACUCAACCGGUGAAAUCUUUCGUGGAGUCUGGGGAGGAUGGGGAAACAACAACAACAUAUGCAGUGAAAUCCAACAAAGUGGGGUCAGGAAAUAAUAGAGUGUACACGCACGUUACCUGUAAAACUGAGGAAAGACAUAGGGAAUUGAAAAAGGAGGAAAAUGGGAGGGAAAGGAAAGGAAUUGAAUUGCCAUUGAAGAGAGGAGGGAGAGUGAGGUUUAAGAUUGGGGGUGUUAGGGGUGUGUAGAAGAAGGGGUGGAAUAGGCAAGAGAGUUUUAUGUGACAAUUGGAUUUUUGAUGAUGAGAAUCAAAAGAAAAGCUUGAAGAGGUAAUCCAGAUGAACAAAAAAAAAAAAAAAAAUGAGAUGAUGAUAGUAUGUAUGAAAAAGAGGGCGG